GUUUAAACGAAAUACCCCAUUCAUAAAACGCAAGGAGACGAACUUAAAUAACGAAAAACAAUCAACUUUGAUUCCGUUGAACCGCUUCAGCUCGGGGACACCGAUGGUAUAAUUUUUAUUUUACUCGUGUCUUGUGGUAAAACAAUCUCGUCGUAAAGCGGGACGGUGAAUUGCUGCGAUCUUGCUUUUGCUCAAUUUGCAUUGUGGUUUGCGGUUCAGUCUUUCGCGAACUGCUUGCCAGCAACCAGACCAGAGAAUAGCCGAGUUCUUUCGAGACAACUAUGGGAUUCUAGUCUGCCGGUUCCGUGGUUAAUCUGUAUUUUAUUCAGCAUCAGGGAUAAUCUUUAGGAAAAACUGUUUGUUGCAUCAAAAGAUGGAUUAUAAAAGUGUUGUGUACAAUGCUGCCAGAGAUGGAAACCUCAAUAGGCUAAAGAUAUAUUUACACUGCAACAAGGGUAAAGACGAAGUGUCGAUGUUGGUGGCGGCGAAAACCUCCGGUGCGACUCCACUAGUCAUUGCCUGCAGGAAUGGACAUUAUGACGUCGCAGAAUAUCUCAUCGAGAAAUGUCAAGCUGACAUUGAACAACCUGGUUCGGUUAACUUUGACGGCGAAACGAUAGAAGGUGCUCCGCCUUUAUGGUGCGCAGCUGCUGCGGGUCAUGUGGACAUAGUGAAGCUGUUGGUAAGCCAUGGGGCCAAAGUGAAUACCACCACGAGGACGAACUCCACUCCCUUGAGGGCGGCAUGUUUUGAUGGCCAUUUAGAAAUAGUCAAAUAUCUCGUACAGCAUGGAGCAGAUAUUGAGAUAGCGAAUAAACACGGACAUACUUGUUUGAUGAUUGCUUGCUAUAAGGGUAACAUUAAAAUAGUAAGGUACUUGUUAAGUCUUAAAGCCAGUAUUAAUAGAAAAAGUGUCAAAGGAAAUACGGCAUUACACGACUGCGCGGAGAGUGGUAGUUUAGAAAUCUUAAAGUUACUUAUUGAGCAUGGCGCGACAAUGGAUGUAGAUUCUUAUGGAAUGACUCCCUUAUUAGCGGCUGCAGUAACAGGCCAUAAUCAUAUAGUAGAAUAUUUAAUUAAACUGACACACAUUGUUCCUAGAAGAGAAAGAAUAGAUGCUUUAGAAUUAUUAGGAACAACUUGUGUGGAUAAGAAAAGGGAUAUGAUUGGAGCGUUGGAACUGUGGAAACGGGCAAUGCAAGAGAGGUAUUUCGGAGAUGGUAUUCCCAUGCCAAAGCCGAAAACGAAAAAAGUCGCAGCGUACGAUUACGUAACGGAAAUAUCAGAUUUACAAGGACUGGAUGAUCUUAUGGCUGACCCGGACGAGAUGCGCAUGCAGGCACUAGUAAUGCGCGAAAGAAUUUUAGGACCCGCACAUCCAGACACGAGUUACUAUAUUAGAUAUAGGGGAGCAGUGUAUGCGGACGCGGGCAAAUUUAACAGAUGUAUCGAGCUAUGGAACUACGCAUUGGACAUGCAACAGAGUAUGUUAGAAUGCCUAAAUCCUAUGACUCAAAGCAGUUUAUUCAGCUUCACGGAAUUGUUCUCAUUUAUGAUGGGGGAGGAGGGAAAAAACACGAACAGGGGUCGACUCGUACCGCCUGUAGACGCUAACGAGAUUUUAAGAGUGUUUAAAAAGGCUAUUAAAGAAGUAGAUUUAGGAAAUCAGACUUUAAAUAGGUUACCCAGUCAAGAUAAAGAUAUGACAUAUUUAACGAGGUUAUUAAUUUUCGUAAAGGUUACAAUUAUCACACUUCAUCUGGCAUCUUUAUUGACGAGAUGGUUUAGUAGUGAGGAACUGAAGCAUGAAAUACACCAAUCUAUAUAUAAUUUGAAUAAAAUAGGAAUUCAAACGCGCUUGGGCCGAUCUGUUCUUCAUUUGGCGUGCUGUAGAGAUGUGCUUGUUGUAAGAUAUCCAGUUUGUGCAUUUCCAUCCUGUCACCUUAUUAAAGCCCUUCUGGCAGCCGGAGCAGAUCCGACAGUAAAAGACGAAGAAGGCAACACUCCCCUCCACCUAGCAGCCAUGGCCAAUCCAUGCCCAUACCGUGUCGCCAGAUUUUUACUAGAGGGCGGCGCUCACUUAGACCAAGUAAACAACAACGGCGAAACCUUUUCCAGUUUAUUGAAAUGUCAGCAAGCUCAUCAAAUCGUAGACGUGAUGAAGUAUUCUAGUUUAAAGUGUGCCGCUGCGAAUGUUAUAAAACAAUUUAAAAUUCCUUAUAAAAGGGUCGUGCCGAAAGCUCUGGAAUCUUUUAUCGAGUUGCACUGAAUGUUCGCUGGAUAAUUUUAAAAUUUAUGAUAUUCCCUCCAGUUAUACUAUGGACUAAAAUGGUUAAAAAAGAGGCUUUUAAAUUCCUUUUUAGAAAAGCGAUUUUAAUUACUGUUGCUUCAGCAGAGCUCUACGAUUUUCUUUAUAUUUUAUACGUUAUUUUAAUGAUUUCUCACAAACCGUGGUUGGUAUGCCGGGACCAUAGUUUGAAGCACCUCACAAAGUAAAAAUCGCGGGUGCAAACCUAUUCUGGCUCUAAAUACUAUAUUUUGUGAUUUAUCAGCGAAAAAUAAUUUUCAUUUUGUGUUCAUUUGUCAAUUUCUCUUAAUUUUACUGUAUAUAGAUGCAGGUAGGGAAUGACUUUUAUUAGCUAUAAUUUUUUUAGUAGUUGAUUUUGAGAGGCAUAUUUGGAGAAUAAGUCAAAAUAGCUCCGUCAGAGCUAUACAUUUUUAAAAACAGAGCUGUAAAAUGAUUUACCUUUUGGUUCAAUUGGUUCAUAAAUUACAUUCUGUUCAUUAUGCGCUUCUAGAAAUUAUGAAAAUGAAAUUUGAUAUUUAGCAAAAGUCUAUACAGGAUGUCCUAAAUACAUGCAUGCUACUAUUGCUAUCUUUAAAAUAGUAAAAGCUACAAACUCACUAUAUUAGAAAAAAAUUACAGUUUUUGAUAAUCAUUUAAGAUUCUUUUACCGUGUUGCGAAAUUCAUAUUAGUCUUUAAGAUGAAAGAGAAUGCAACCAUAUAUGUGAGAAAUGUCAAAAUUAAUUUCGCAGAAUAUUUUAACUGCCGUUAACUUUAAAAACUCAAUUUGCUAAUAAUUAACACAUUCGUAUUGUGUCUGAAUUUGAUAAAUUUUGAAAAUCAGAGCUUAAGAAAAAUACAUCAACUAGGAAAAAUAUACACAAGUUGUUCUUUAGUCCCCUAAAUCAAGAAAACUAUUAUAAUUAACUAUUAAUUACUAAAUAAUAACUAUUAAAACUACUAUAUAAUUAACUAUUAUAGUACGAAAUAUUAAAAAUUUGACAAUAUAGACGAAUUCGAAGUUGAUGUCAACUUCGUUCAUUUAAAUAGACUAGCCUAUAUAUCCUAUACUUAAAGCAAAGGGUUUAAGUCAAAUUAAAUUUUAAUAAAAAAUUUUAAUUAAAAUUCCUCUUAUACCCCAGGAAGCAACGUGUAGUUGAACCUACGUUGAAUAUCCGAAACUUCGAAUCGACGUUGACUUACGUUGUCGCAACACUUGAAUCAACGUUGACGAGACGGCACAAUGUCAUACUUGAGGGAACGUUGUUUUUGUUUGUUAAAUCAACGUCGUAUUUUACGUUGAUCUCGACCUCUAAUUCAACGUUGAUUUUAGAUGAUCUACGUAUACAGACUGUUUCAAUUUUUUCUUAUAUAGUUACUAUAGUUAACAAUCGCCAUUCUGUUCUUGUUAACUAUAGUAAGGUUGUCUGAAGAAUGAAUUGAAGCAAAGUUGCUCUUGCACUAUAGUAAGUCUCAGUUUGAGUAUAGAAAAUUAUGCAAGUAAUUUAGUCACUCCACUCGAAUUUAAUCAUUCUUUAUUAUAAUAUAUUUGCUACCUAAAAAAUAAUUAAUGUUUUUUAAAAAUGCAAGUCUGCACACAACAUUUAUCUUCCAGAAAUUAAUUGCUUUUAUAAUGUCUAUUCACCGUUGAUUUUUGGUGCAGAAACGUCUACUUUGUCAAUCGACUUUUCGUCAACGUUGAUUCAACUGUUCCUUGCACCUUGGGACGGAGUAGAUUGAGUGUCAACGGUAUUACUAGCCAACUCAUGAAAAAAUAGGAUAAUUUUAAAAUUCGAUGAUGGUUGAGAGGUGGCUUUAUUUUGACAUAUCAAGCAUUUUACUACGGUUUCCGCGUUGUCCGAAAGCGAUAGCAACCCUUUUUAAAUGUUAUUUUAUUUUUUUUUUAAUUUUUCGAACAAGAGAAAAGUCUACGUUUUUUGAAUUAGGGGAGAGGGGGGUAAAAUGAUCCCCCUAAGAAAAAAAUACUUUAAAAUGGGAAAACAUUUUCUUUAAACUUCAGUUUGACAGAAUAGGCCUAUAAAAGAGUAAUUUCUCUUAAUAAAACCACACUUUUAACAAAAAAAAAAAAAUUUACUUUUUAAAAAUUUAACAAAAUCAUAAAAGUCGCAAAGGGAUCAUUUUACGACAUUGGGGGUAAAACGAUCCUUUCUACAAAAAACUUAAAAAGAAAUACUCUGACAGUAUAAUACCGAGAUAAACUGUAUUUAAAACCUAAGCUUUCUCUGAACUUUUGCUAGUGCUAAAGGAACAUCGGAGCAAUGUUCGCAAAUAAAUUCAUCCUCAUCUUCUUCAACACCCGCACACAAUUCGUGAGCCCAUUCUAAACACUUUUUGCAUUGAAUCCAACCAUCAACUGAUGUAAAAUGUUCUUCACAGCAGUAAAGACAAGUUGGAUUUGUCUCGUCUUCCGAAUCCGAAGAGUUGGAAAGGCUUUCUUUUAUUUUAUUUCCAUUUUUCGGCGUCUUCUGCUUUGGUGUCUUCUUGUCAUUUCUCUUUUUUGUUUUGUGUCUUCUUUUACUUCCUUUUUCUUGAUACUUUCUUCAAGCGCAGUUUUGUAUGGCGUGCUGGUCAAGACUGCACAUCCACAAGACUUUCUCUUUCUUGUGUUUCUCUUGCCUUGAAUUUUUGGAAAUGGUCGACAUUCUUGUGGUGUCACUGUAAAAGAUGAAUUUAUUUGUUCAUCUCGUUUUGAGCUGGGCCCAGGCUCAGGAUAAGUACGGAUCGUUUGAAUCACUAGCAUCAUUAUCAGAAGCUAUAUUGGAUAUAUCUGUCAAUGGGUUACAUGGAUUGGAACCUGGUGCCACAUUUUCAUCAGUCUCACUAGGUAUUUGAUCGGUUACUUCAGCGGCCAAAAAGUCAACAUCUGAAAAAACCUCUAAGUCAAAUAUAAAUAUGCCAGUUUUACGAAACCCGUUUAUCCCAUUUGAUGGUAUGCAAGCCUUUAAGUAGCCUUCGCAAAAUAUUUGACUUAUUUGAAACACCGUCACGGUUCUACCAGGAUGAUUUAACCAUGAUUUAAUCAACAGGAUGGUUUAACCAUUUUUCCAAUGCUUGGUCUAAAUAAACACUAAGGGGACCCAUAACAGCAACGUCCAACGGCUGCAGCUUGUGAGUACAGUGUGGAGGUAAACAUAAGAUGGUUACAAAGUUUUCUCUGGCACUUAAAAUAACAUCGAGAUUUCUUGUGUGCGAUAAAUGUCCAUCUAAUAUAAGUAACACUGGCGCAUCCUUACUCGGCUUGAAGAAAGAUACGAAGUGAGUAAACCACUGCUUAAAAACUUCGGUACGCAUCCAACCACUUUCAUUACACGCAAAAAUGGUACCCGGAGGAGCUCCAUCUGUUAGUUCGGCCUUCAUUCGCUUUCUACUAAAAAUAAGCAUCGGUGGGAAAUUUCCAGCAGCUGAUACACAAACCACCGCUGUUGUCGAAAUUCUUGCCACUUGUUUGGAACCUUUUCGUGCCAAUAUUCUUGAGUUUCGCCCAGGAACAGUAGAAAUCGAAGUCUCGUCUACGUUAAAAAUUCGGUGAGGCGCAUAAUUAUUUUUAGAGUAAAUCUCUUUCAACAAAUUGAAGAACUUUGUCACAACUGGUUUAUUAAAGGCUCUUGCCCUAGCAGCUGACGUCGCUUCAGGACACCUCAAGGAAAUCUCUGGAUGUCAUCUUCUAAAACCGCUUAACCAAUCUUUACCAGCAGCUUUUUCUACAUGAGAAAACUUGUGGGGAAUUUUGUUCUUUUUAGCAAGUUGAUAAGCUAGUUGUCGCAAAUCACGAGUUGUAAGUCCAUACAUCCUGCUUUCAAAAUCUAGGAUAUGAGUUACUAACUCUUGCUCUUGUUCCGGCGAAAAUACAGGGUGGCAGCUCCUAAGUGACUUUAUCUCUAGCUUUGCUACCUUAUUUUUGUCCAUUACACGCCGUUUAAGCGACAUUCUUGGUACGUUAAAGAUUCGGGCAGCGGUUUUCACAGGCAUUUCUUGCUUAACUUCUGCUAUGGCAUUUUUCAUGUGCUCAGCAUCCCAAUUUUGCCUAUUGGUUAUUCGCUUAUAUGUUCGUGGCAUCCUGUAACAAUACGACGUAAAAUGAGUUUGUAAAUAAAAAUUAGGAUUUACAACAAUUUGGUAAGAACUAGGGGGUAAAAUGAUCCCCUUUUUAAAACGGGAUCGUUUUGCCCCACGCCUAGAGGAUCGUUUUACCCCAAAGUGACAUGCAGUACCAUUUGUUAAAUGAAAAUUAAUUGACAUAUAUUAAUUGAAAACAAAAACCACAAAUCAACUCAGCAUCCCUUCCUCAACAAAACAACGUAAGAAGAAGAUGGAUCAGUCACAUUGUUAAAAAAAUAAAUAAAACAAAACAAAUACCUUACCUUAUAUUAUAAACGUAAAAAAUACAAGCUCACGUAGCAUUUGUUAGAUUCGAACUGAAUCGCAAUUCCGAUUGUGGUCUAUUUAUAUAACCUCUUCGCCUAGAACAUUGUUGCCAAUAUUACGCUUAUUUUGCAUAAAAUGGGAACUUUUAAAUUGCGGGAUCAUUUCAACCCGCAGGGAUCAUUUUACCCCCCUCUCCCCAACUGCGCUAGUUUUAAAGAUAAUAACAUUGGAAAAUUAACUUUUUUUUACAAUUAUUAUAAUAAAAAAUCAGAUUUUCUAGCAGGAAGAAACACAGCAUAUUUUGAUCGAAACUUUAUACCAAUAUUUUAAGUGACAAACUUUCACAACAAUAAAUCAUGUUUUAUCAUAGUGCUUUGAUAAUAUGUUUAUAUGUUAUGCAAUCGUGACCUUUUUGGGAUAAAAAUAGAGGGGUUCUAUCUGAAACAAUAAUGUUUGUUGUUGAAAUCAGACUUUCCAAAUCUAUCAAAAUAUUUCAGUUGUCUUCCACAGUAAUAUCUACACUCCAUCAGAAAAAGGAGUAUUUGGAAAUAUGGUAAAAAUGUAAACAUUUUAAAUAUAUUCACAAUAUGAAAAAAACAGGUAAGUGUAUAAAAAAACUUAAAACGUCGAAAAUUAAAAUGAAAGAUGCCUUGUUAUUAGAGUGGAAAAAUACCAAGCACUUCAAUUUAAAUCGUCUCACUACAAUUAACAGUUUUAAAUGUUCAACGGAACUAAUUUUGACAAUUUUUCUACAAUUACAGAGAAUUUCCCAACAUAGUAACUUUUUUAUAAAUUAACAGACCUCAAAGUAACGCUGUGUUUAGGACACCCAUAUGUAUGUAUGUAUAUUAUGUGUCUCGGUAAUAGACAUCGAUUGUGUUGGAGGAUGUUUUUAUUGGGAUUUACUUUCUAAAAAUAUUUUACAAUUCUAACGCAUAUUUAAAGUAUGUUAUUAUAUAUCAAGAGUUGAAUGCCGGUGAGGUUCCGACUAGUGUAAAAUUUAUACAAGUCAGGCAUUACAUCUUUCGACGCGAACUAUAUAUACUAUUUUUUAUAAUAGGCACAUUUAAAGUAACUCAAUUAGCAGCAAAUUUAUGUGGAAAGAAGCGGAAAAUUACUAAUUUAUUUCUCUGUCCUUGAGAAGCAGCAAACUUUCAUCCUUUCCAGCUAAUUGUUAUUAAACUAGGUCAGUAUGACACUUACUUUAUGUCACGUUCAUUUGGUCGCUUUCCUUUCGAUAUACCUGGUACCAAAAGUUAACAUUUUAACAAACUUUUAUUCCGUUAUCUUUUGAGACCUCUACUUGGGAUUUGAAAUAUAUUUAAUACUGGUCCAAAGUAAGAAAAUAGGAAUCUAGUACCUUUUCGGGCACCCAUGUUUUUCAAGUAGUAGUCCUAUAGCAGUUUAUCAUAAAAAAAAGAGCCACGUGCAAUUCUGUACAAAAAUUAUGUACCUGGAAGAGGAAGUAUAUUUUUGAAAGAUAAUUUCAACACCGUAUUUUGAAAAGAAACCUUAAAAGAAAAAGUGGCAUAAAGAAAGUAUAAUAUUUUGACAUGAAGCAUAUUUAUAGUUUACGGAUUUAUAUAACACUUUAUAUUCCCCCCUUUAUAUUCAUUCACUAGCUGUGAUCGUCGAGACACAUGAUAUAUAUAUCUGUUUUAUCGAAUAGUAUGGAUAACUUACUACUGAUGUUUUAGAGAACAUAUCGUGAGCGUACGGCGAAAAUCCACUCAACUCUGUUUUAAAGAAUUUUGAAAAAUUAAUUUUUAAUUUUGGAAAUCCAGCUUUAAAUUAUCAGGGCAGUAGUUUUUUUUAGUAUAUUCUAGAAGAACUAAGAGCGUUCAACUCCUGUUGGUUUUUGCCAAAUAAACCACUUUGUGAAUUUUCAUUACUGUUUAAUCAAAGGCAUCAAAUCAUGCACCGUAUUUGUACGCCUGAAAAUCAAAUGUUAUGUUCUGAAGUUGUUUCUUUUAAUCAAAUUUCUUUCUGUAUGUUUUGCUUCAAAAAAUUACUUUCUCUUGAUAUGUUUUCUUCUUAUAGUAUAGUGAGACCUUUUCGAAUACUUGCUGUUUAUAUACAAUUUUUUUGUAGUUUUCAAAAUCGUUAAUUGCUUAACAUGAUGCGAUGUUAAGACCCUGGACUGCUAAAGCCGUUCCUAAUUUUUUUAAGAACUUAAAAAAAUUUAAUAUAGUUAAGCGAGGACUUAUAGAUUUUCGCCGUACGCAGUAUACAAUAUUGCUGGUAUUGUGUUCAAAAUAAUUCAAAAUUUCAUAAAAAAAUAACAAUUUAUUUGUAAGAAUUUCAUUUAUUUGUUGAUUGUCAUUUCCUAGAACUGAAAUAUCUAAUAUGAUUGUUAUAUCGUCGUUUCUAAUCUAAGCAAAAUAUUAUUGUAUGUUUAGAGCAGUAAUUCAAACUAAUCCCGAAUGUGAUCUUAAGAUUUUAUGUAUAGUAGACGCUGAUGAUUGAAUGAUAAAGCGAGUCAGAAAUAUUAAAAUCACUUGUUAAAAACUAUAUCUACAGGGUGUCUUUAAAAGAUUCUGUCUUUAUCUAUUAGACACACUACAAUUGAAAAUAAGAUGUUGUCUUAAAUUAAUAGUUGAUAAUAACUAGACCACAGGGUAUUAAAAAACCACAAUCACAUUUCUUCUUCAAGUACCAUGUUCUCUUCAAACGUUGGCUAUCGCUGGCGCUAUUUGCACCUUAUGCACUAAAUUUAAGUCAUUGUCUGAGAUUUUUGAGCCAUGAAGUACGCCUACGACCUGGGCCUCGUUUGUCUUCUAUUAUAAGUUAAAAGCUCGUAUUCUUCGUUUCUCAAAAUGUGGCCUGAAUGUGUGGAAUACUGAAGUUUACGUUUUUUAAUAUCGAAUAAAAUUUCAAGGUCUUUCUCAAUACUAAGUAGAACGUCUGUAUUACGUAUUCCUGAGCAUUCUGCGAUAGCACCACAUUUCGAAAGCUUCCAACUUUUUACACAUAGCUUCAGUUAGUGUCCAUGCCUCUAUACCUUUAUAGAAAAUACUAAACACGUAGCCUGCAUACUCUUGCAUAUUAUCCCAAUUUUCACUGAGCUGGCAGCCGAAACAUUUGAAUGAAAUUACACGUUCGACAAUAUGGUUAUAAUUAUAAAUUUUGUCUUGCUAACACUCAGAUUAAGCUCAAAUUUCGAACUUUUUAAGUAAUUUAAUUUACAAUCUAGUAUAUCACUUAUUAUAAACUUAAAUCGACUCACUCUCAAUUGUACUACAUCUGAUAGACGUCACACAGGUAUUUUAGACACCCUGUAUAUUUGAGCACAUACAAAUAUUUUUUUUAUAGUUUAAUCGCAAUAUAUGUCAUUCAGCUGUAUAUGUCCUUCAAUCAAUGGUGCAUCAAUAUCAAAAUACAUAAACCAAUAUUUUUUAGCUUUUUUUCCUAUUAGUUUUUAGCUUAGUUUUAUGUCUUUUUUUGCGCAUGGUUUAUUUUUUUUUAUUGUGGAAAAACUCCACGAUGGCGAUGGAAAUCCACGUUAUAAUUUGCCACCAGCAUUUUAACGAACGAAAAUGUGAUAAAAUAAUUUUUAAGAAAAAAUUUAUAACAUAAUUAUUUAUCCUCUUAGAAUAUGUUAAUAAAAUUUGUCUAUGAAAAAUUAAACUAUUUAAAAUACGUACAAAAAUAUGUUUGUGUUACAAUAGGGAGUUAAUUCUUUCUAUUAUAGCAUGAGUGUUGUAUCUCAUUUAGUAAAAAUUACACUUAAAUAAUGUUAGUCCUAUUUAGAUAGAAUUAAUUUUAGUAAAUUAUUAACACUGA